AUGGGCUGCACCAUGUGGACCAUGGCAUCCCGGGGCUCUGCCGAGUCUUGGCCGCUUCCGCGGGGCUUCCCAGAGCGCCUGGCCGAGGCACGAGCUGCGGCAUCAUCGUCUUUGCGCCCUUGUGUGCUUCUGACCACGGGCGCCAUGAAUCCGCCCCACAAGGGGCAUGCACAGCUUCUGCGACAAGCUGCAGAAAGGCUUCAAAGAGAAGGCUACUGCGUGCUCGGCGCGUGGAUGUCCCCUUCGCAUGACGACUACGUGGGGCCCAAGGCUUUUCGUCUGGGCACCUUGCACCUGAGCAGCGGACUCCGGUUGCAGCUGGCACAUUUCAUGGUCCGUGAGGACGACUUGGUGGCCGUCGGGAGCUGGGAGGCCAAUGUCACAGGGCGAUGGCCGGAUUUCCCUGAGGUGGCCGCGGAGUUGGAGAAGCAGAUCCAGGGGCGGAUUGAGGAUCCUGGAAGUCUUGGAUCCAUGCCGCGAGUGUUUUACGCCUGCGGAACAGACCAUGCCAAGCGCUGUGGUCUUUAUCAGGGCUUCGGGCGCUUCGGCGGAGAAGCCGAAAACAUUGGUGUCGUGGUCGUCCCGCGCGAGGGCGAGGUGGCUCAACCGGAGAGCCCAGGCAAGUUCGUCUUCGUGGCUUCUGCAGCUCCGGGUGAUGACGCAUGGCUGCGCAUUGGGAAGUAG